AUGUCGGCUGUCUUUCGAAAGGGUGCAACAGCACUGAUAACAGGCGGUGCCUCCGGAAUCGGCCUCGCCGCCGCCAAAUCCUGCUACGCCCAUGGCAUGAACGUUGUGCUGCUCGACAAGAGCCAAGACGCUUUGUCUGCUGCUGCUGCCCAGAUGCAACCCUCUUCCAGCAAUACGAUAUCCACUUACCAUAUAGACGUGUCCGCCCGAGACGCUUGGAAGACAGUCCAGCAAGAUGUUCUCGCCAAGUAUCCAGCCGGAAUCGACUUUCUGAUGCUCAAUGCUGGCGCUAGCUUCAAGCCUGCCCAAGGCAAAACACCCUGGCAAGAUCCCGAGUACUUUGAAAAGACAAUCGCCACCAACACACUCGGCUAUACAAAUGGACUGGCCGCAUUUAUCGAUAGUGUGACAAGUGAAAAGAAAGACCCCAGGGCGAUUGUUCUCACGGGCUCCAAACAAGGGAUCACGAACCCUCCGGGAAACCCAGCGUAUAAUGCCUCAAAAAGUGCGGUCAAAACGAUCGCCGAGCAGCUGUCAUUGGACCUCUAUAACAACAAUCCAAAUAUCAGUGUCCAUUUGUUAGUUCCUGGCUGGACCUACACAGGGCUGACAGCUGGUAAUUUCACUUCCAAACCAGACGGUGCAUGGACAUCGGAACAGGUCGUUGGCUUUAUGAACGAAAAAAUAUCCAACGGCACAUUCUACAUAAUUUGCCCCGACAAUGAGGUAACCGAGGAGACGGACCGGAAGAGAAUCGUUUGGGGUUCAGGGGAUCUUGUCUACGGCCGGCCUCCGUUGUCACGCUGGAGAGAAGACUGGAAGGAAAAAGCCGCCAAAGGAAUUGAAGCAAUUGAGAUUAGGAAGUAA